GGGCGCGGAGCGUGGGAGCCAUGGCGCGCGAGGAGGAGCGGGACCCCGAGCGCCGGGAGGCGGCGGCGGCGGCGCGGGCAGGCGGCGAGGAGGAGGAGGAGGAGGAGGGCGGGGAGGAGGGACUGAGCGAUAGCGACGACGAGGGCGACGGCCAGGAGGAGCCGGGCAGCGGCGCGGAGGAGGAAGAGCAGGCGGAGGCGGCGGCCGGCCGGGAGCGCAGCGAGGACCCGCGGCUGCUGCGCGCAGGGCUGCCUCCCGCCGCCGUCGCCGCCGCGGCCGCCCGCUCCAGGAGCGGCCGCCGCCUGAGGAUGCCGCCGGCCGGCGACGAGGACCGCGCGCGCCGCCGCCGCCGCCGCCGCCGCCGCGGGGACCUUCUGCUGAGCCAGCUCUGCUUCCUAGCCUCGGUGGCGCUGCUGCUCUGGUCGCUGUCGAGCCUGCGAGAGCAGAAGGAACUUGACCUCAUGGACCUCAUCGGGGAAGACAGAAAGUGGAUGGUGGGGAGGAAACUAAUGCAGGUGAACGACACUCUUACUUUCGAAGAUGCAGGACUCCGGAGCAGCAAGAACUGCACUGAGCCAGCCCUGCAUGAAUUCCCCAAUGACAUCUUCACCAAUGAGGACAGAAGACAGGGAGCUGUGGUCCUGCACGUGCUCUGUGCCAUGUACAUGUUCUACGCGCUGGCCAUCGUGUGUGACGACUUCUUCGUCCCCUCCUUGGAAAAGAUCUGUGAGCGUCUGCACCUCAGUGAAGAUGUGGCUGGGGCGACAUUCAUGGCGGCAGGCAGCUCAGCCCCAGAGCUCUUCACGUCGGUCAUAGGGGUCUUCAUCACCAAGGGAGACGUGGGCGUCGGCACCAUCGUGGGCUCCGCUGUGUUCAAUAUCCUGUGCAUCAUUGGGGUCUGUGGGCUCUUCGCAGGGCAGGUUGUGGCUCUUUCCUCCUGGUGCCUGCUGAGAGACUCCAUCUACUACACGCUGUCUGUGGUCGCGCUCAUCGUGUUCAUUUACGAUGAAAAAGUCUCCUGGUGGGAGUCUUUAGUGCUUGUGCUGAUGUAUGUCAUCUACAUUGUCAUCAUGAAGUACAACGCUUGCAUACAUCAGUGCUUCGAGAGGAGGACCAAAGGUGCUGAGAACAUGGCCAACGGCCUGGCCAACAACGCCGAGAUUGACGACAGCAGCAACUGUGACGCCACCGUGGUGCUACUUAAGAAAGCCAAUUUCCACCGCAAAGCAUCAGUGAUCAUGGUGGACGAGCUGCUGUCAGCCUACCCACACCAGCUUUCUUUCUCCGAGGCCGGCCUGCGAAUCAUGAUCACAAGCCACUUCCCUCCCAAGACCCGGCUCUCCAUGGCCAGCCGCAUGCUCAUCAAUGAGAGACAAAGACUGAUCAACAGCAGGGCCUACGCCAAUGGGGAAUCCGAGGUGGCCAUCAAAAUCCCCAUCAAGCACACCGUGGAGAACGGGACAGGGCCCAGCAGUGGCCCAGACCGGAGCGUGGAUGGGCCUCGGAGGGACGAUGUGGUUGCCGAGGCUGGCAGUGAGACAGAAAAUGAAAAUGAGGACAGUGAGAACAACGGCAAUGACGAGGAGGAUGAGGAGGACGAAGAGGACGAUGAGGGACCAUACACGCCCUUCGACCCCCCCUCUGGCAAACUGGAAACAGUGAAAUGGGCGUUCACCUGGCCGCUGAGUUUCAUCUUGUACUUCACCGUCCCCAACUGCAACAAGCCUCGCUGGGAGAAGUGGUUCAUGGUGACGUUCGCGUCCUCCACGCUGUGGAUUGCAGCCUUCUCCUACAUGAUGGUGUGGAUGGUCACGAUCAUCGGCUACACCCUGGGCAUACCGGACGUGAUCAUGGGAAUUACCUUCCUGGCCGCCGGAACCAGUGUGCCCGACUGCAUGGCCAGCCUCAUCGUGGCCAGACAAGGCAUGGGCGACAUGGCCGUGUCCAACUCCAUCGGCAGUAACGUGUUUGACAUCCUGAUCGGCCUGGGGCUCCCCUGGGCUCUGCAGACCCUGGCUGUGGAUUAUGGAUCCUACAUUCGACUGAACAGCAGGGGGCUAAUCUACUCAGUGGGCCUGCUCCUGGCCUCUGUCUUUGUCACGGUGUUCGGCGUCCACCUGAACAGGUGGCAGCUGGACAAGAAGCUGGGCUGCGGGUGCCUCUUCCUGUACGGCGUGUUCCUGUGCUUCUCCAUCAUGACGGAAUUCAAUGUCUUCACCUUUGUGAACUUGCCCAUGUGUGGCGACCACUGACCGCUGGGCCACCCACAGAGGCUGUUCCUCCUUUUCUGUGCAAUACGAGACCCGGCCACACCCCGAGUCACACAGGCCCCACAGGGCCGUGGCGUCCGUCUCCCAAGCUGUCCACAGGCCUCGGCUCUUGUCCGGGUGACCCAGACCCUCUCCGCCCACUCCUGGGCUCCCCUUGUCUCCCUGGGUCCUGCCUCCCACCCUCUUGCCCGCCCACCUCUUCCUGCCUCCUCCCUGCGAAGACAUCCAACACCCACGUGAAUUUUCCAGCUCCGUUUCUGAACCGUGACUGAGAUUCUAGAAAAACAAAAAACAAAAAACCACAAAACUGGCUGCUAACUGGCCCGAGCCAGGCACAACUUCUUAACAAUCCCUCCUCCUUUUUUUUUUAAGUUAUUUGCCGGAAGACGAACCUAAUUUAUGAGCUGAGACUGUUGAGGAAGUGGAGGAGGGGGGCUGUUGGUGCGCUGGUGAUGGGGAAUGCUUGGGAUUGCAUUCUGGGUAGAUUGUGGGGUUACUGGCUGUGGGGGUCGUGUUGGGAGAGGGGGGAGGGUCCCCCCACCCCGGCUUCCUUUGCUUCCUGCCAUCAAGAGCUCCUCUCCGGCUUCUUUCACUGGGCUCUGAUGACUCAGUGACCUGAGGUUGCCCUGCAGGGCAGCCUUCUGGGAUUGAGCCCCGGGAGUGGAGGAAUGGGCUGAGUGAGGGAACAAAGGCGUGACCCUUUCUGCCCACGUCCCCCCAUGGGGCCUUUCCCUAGAGAAGAACAAUGCAAGGUGCCGGCAGAAGGAAGAAGACGGCUUCCACCUGUCCACUCUCGCCAUCUCUCUCUCACUAGGUUCUCUCUAGUUUCUCAAGCAAUAGUUCUAGCCUGCCUGAGGCCUCUGACAAGCUCCAGCCGUCCACCCGUGAGGUGCCAGGCAGCCAACGACAGAAGCUUCCCCAACGUGUGUUGUCCCUAGAUGUGCUCUUGUUGCUUGGCGUUCGGGGGGGACAGGGAGCAGGCCCCCAGGCCUGCCCUGCCUUCCGGGCCGGAGUUUCAGACACUGGUUUCUUGGAAAAUGGAGAGAAGCGAAUUUUUGCACAGAUGUUGUCAACAAGUCCCAAUUUGCCACUUGGUAUCGAGUACACUGGACCCUGACCGCUGGCUCUUGGGAAAACGUCCUUUCUGCUCAGGCCCUGCGGCCACGCUGGCCUGGCCCUGCCCUCCCUUCCUGGAGGGAUGGCCAGGGAAGGAGCAAACAGAACUGACACCUUUGGAACCACAGAAUGUGUUCAGCGCAGACUUCCUGGAGGGCAUAAGUUAUUGUAAACGUUUAUAUUUUGUUUUUUGGAUUUUUUUUUUUUUUUUUGCCAACCACUGUUCAACAGCCCUGCUAGAUUUUGUAUGAUGCUGAAUUAUUAUGUAGAUUAAUUCCACCCAGUUGAGACACACCCAUGCUUGGUACACUUGUAUUUAUUGAAAACUGUGGAUUCUUGCCCCAUGAUGCCCCUUGCAUUUACGUUAAGCACUGAUCACUUAUCAUUCAUGAGGUAUGGUUCCCACCCUCCUUCCCGUCCCUUGUACACAUUCUGGUAUGAAUUGUAAAAAAUAACCUGCUCCACAUGGGUCGGAUGUUUGUGUCUGGGAUGCGAAACCGAGGCCGGCAUUUUAGCCGAGGGGGCACCUGCUCGGCCGAGGAACAGGAGAGAAAUCACCGAUUUGGGCUCUCAGAGCUAAGACACACUUACUGAUUCUGUUGCACAUUUUGCACUGGUUUAUGGCGAUUGUUUUCUCGGACGGAUAGUGUAAAAUAAACUUCUCUGUUCUGUA